UAUAUUACUGGAUUAACCUAAGUUGUUUGUGCUAUUUUUAUCAAAUAAUUAACAGUUAAAUAAAAACAAUGACCUCCAUGGCAUCGGACUGUGAAUCGAACGUUAGUGGGUUUAUAACUUGUAAUGACCGGACCAUCUCCCAAAUGUAUUUGUCAGCUAUUGAGGGAAUGGAGUCAAUAAACCAAGAUUUGCUGCAAAUAGCGAACAACAUGAAGAGGAUUGUGAGCCAGGCGGGCCCCCUGGAGAGCCAGCUAAAUGCUUUGCUCCGAGCCCUGCCAGACCCCAACCUGCAAAUGAACAUGGACACGGAAUGACAUUGUUAACUUAAGGAAAAAACCAACUUAGUUUGAUAAAUUUAAGAUUAUGUGAAGACUGAAGAAGUAAAUAUAUCGCUAAUCAAGAACAGUCACAAAAUGCCAUUCAAUUUCAAAUCUUAGCAGUAAGAGACAUGGUAUUAAACCUCUAUUAAACGCAAUAGCAUUUCAAUUUGAGUGGUGCCAGUAGUAGCAGCGAUAUAUUGAUAAACCCAUGUUCUGUUUGACCUGUUAAGUAUCUGCCAUUUACAUUAACUACCAUUCCCAUUUGUGUGACUGAUUGAUAUCAUAAAAAUUGACUAAGCUAGCCUCCUAAGGCCCAAGGUUCUACCUCUUCAGUUUGAUGAAAUCAAAAUUCUAUUCAAUUGGAACAGAGUUGCUUUUGCUUUGUUUCGUUCAAUUUUCCAACCACAUAAAAUCAAAUCUAUUUCCCACAUUAUAGGUUCAAAUUUCAGUGGCAAAUUUUGAAUUUUUCAUUUAUAUGGCUGGGCCUUAGGAGGCUAGAGAUGUGAAAAAGUUGUUCAUAGAGCCUGUUCGGAAAGAGAAGAGUUGUGGAAUG